AUGAGGCCUGAGAACCAGAGCAGCGUGUCCCACUUCCUCCUCCUGGGGCUCCCCAUCCCGCCAGGGCAGCAGGGCAUGUUCUUCACCCUGUUCUUGGGCAUGUACCUGACCACGGUGCUGGGCAACCUGCUCAUCAUCCUGCUCAUCAGGCUGGACUCUCGCCUGCACAUACCCAUGUACUUCUUCCUCAGCCACUUGGCCUUCUCUGACAUUUCUCUCUCCUCUGUCACUGUCCCUAAGAUGCUCAUGAACAUGCAGACUCGGCAACAAUCCAUCUCCCGUGUGGGAUGCAUUUCUCAGAUGUAUUUUUUCAUACUUUUUAGUACUCUUGACAAUUUUCUUCUGGCUGUGAUGGCAUAUGACAGGUAUGUGGCCAUCUGUCACCCUCUACACUACACCACCGUCAUGAGGGAGGGGCUGUGUGUGCUGCUGGUGGCUGGCUCCUGGAUUCUCUCCUGUGGCCAAUCCCUUUUGCACACCCUCCUCUUGGCCCGACUCAUGAGGCCUGAGAACCAGAGCAGCGUGUCCGAGUUUCUCCUGCUGGGGCUCCCCAUCCCGCCAGGGCAGCAGGGCGUGUUCUUCACCCUGUUCCUGGGCAUGUACCUGACCACGGUGCUGGGCAACCUGCUCAUCAUCCUGCUCAUCAGGCUGGACUCUCGCCUGCACACGCCCAUGUACUUCUUCCUCAGCCACUUGGCCUUCUCUGACAUUUCUCUCUCCUCUGUCACUGUCCCUAAGAUGCUCAUGAACAUGCAGACUCGGCAACAAUCCAUCUCCUAUGUGGGAUGCAUUUCUCAGAUGUAUUUUUUCAUGCUUUUUAGUACUCUUGACAGUUUUCUUCUGGCUGUGAUGGCAUAUGACAGGUAUGUAGCCAUCUGUCAGCCUCUACACUACACCACUAUCAUGAGGGAGGGGCUUUGUGUAAUGCUAGUGGCUGGCUCCUGGAUUCUCUCCUGUGGCCAAUCCCUGUUGUACACCCUCCUCUUGGUACGACUGUCUUUCUGUGCUGACAAUGCCAUCAUCCACUUCUUCUGUGACAUUGCUGCACUCCUGAAGCUGAGCUGUUCAGACACCUCUCUCAAUGAGCUGGUCAUAUUCACCGAGGGAGCAAUGAUUUUGUUUUUGAGUUUUGGUAUUAUUUUGUGCUCCUAUAUCCGUAUAGGGACCACCAUCCUGAGGGCACCUUCCACAAAGAGACUGUUUAAAGCCUUUUCUACCUGUGGCUCUCAUCUCUCUGUGGUGUUUUUAUACUAUGGGACACUUGCUGGUGUUUACUUUUCCUCCUCAUCAUGGGGUUCCAAAGACAUAAUUGCUUCGGUCAUGUACAUGGUAGUUACCCCCAUGCUGAACCCCUUCAUCUACAGCCUGAGGAACAGAGAUAUCAAACAGGCCUUAGAGAUGUGUGUCAAUAGGGUUAAGUUCUUUAAGCAGCAAUCACUAGAUCCUCCUGUUGCAUUCAGGAGCACAGUGAGACAGAUCUCCUAA